GCAGCUCAAGUGUGUUCAGUGACCCUGAGAAGAAGCUUCAUUCAAACACAGAAGAAAAAAAAAAAGAUAAGAACCAUUAUUUCUACCGUCACCCAGAGCCAGUGGUUUGCCAACGUUAUCCGACUAACCGUUGCGAUCACCGUGAUAUUCAUCAUUUACAUGAUUGACUGGGGACAGAACAGUCUUUCUCCUCCCCUCUAUACUGCAAAUUUUUUUUUGCACUCGGUGUACCUCAUGGAAUUUCUCCUGAAGACUAGUGUGGAUCCGUGGGGCUACUGGAGGAGUCCCGUCAAUGUGCUGUCUGUGUCUGUGCUCCUGCUCGCUACCGUCUGCAUGAGUCUGAAAGCGUCUCUCGAGAUCGUGACCGGCACGCGCAUCCUGCUGGUCUUCAGGCUCAGGACUUACACGGAUGUCGAGCAGGAGUACACUGCGGGCAUCUGGAGGGGACUGAAGAAAGCCAGCUUGAUCUAUUUCUUGAUCUUUGUGAUCGUGAUGGUUUUCGCAACGGCCGGUCACACGUUUUUUGGAGACCCAAACGCAGGAGAUCCAGAAAACUGGGGAGAUCUCGGGACGGCGCUGUUCACGCUCUUCAGACUACUUGUACUGUAUGACUGGAUAAAGGUGCAUCAGGACCUCGACAAAGGCGGCGUGAGCUACAGCAGCGUCUUCAUCAUCGGCUUUAUCAUCACAUGCUACUUCACGCUCCUCAUUAUAGCCAAGUCCGUGUUCAUCACUGAAUGCCGGAGCGCAUUUGCGAAGGCAGCGGAAAGCAAGAAACGGGUGCAUGAAGAGGAGAUAAAGAAGAAGGUGGAGGAGGUGCUCGAUAGGGCUAAACAGCACCAUGCCCCGAAGCUCACGAGGGCGAGGGAACUCAAAAGGCCCGUAUGCCAUGAUCGAUUUAUUUAUGCACAGGACAAGAUCACUAGUUCUUCUUUCAUAGGGACAUUUAUGCAACAGCUGAACAAACGAGAACAAACCAAGUUAGAGUCGUGGCGGCUCAUAAACGAGAUGAUGGCUGUACUAAAGGAGGAACUAGAGGACAAGCUGAAUGAGGAAGCUCUCGCUGAGGGGCUGUACAAGAAAUGUGGCAGAAUAGUAUUUCUUGGCCUGGACAAUGCUGGCAAAACAAUGCUUCUGCAUAUGCUGAACGAUCACAGACUGGGUCUGCACGUGCCGACCUUUGACCCAAACUCCGAAUUGCUGACGAUCGCUGGCGUGACCUUCAGCACCUGUGAUCUGGCUCGACGAGAGCGGAAGAAACGUCUCCCAGCCGUUAACGGCAUCGUCUUCCUGGUGGAUUGCGCCGAUCACACCAAACUGGCAAAAUCAAAAACAGAGCUUGAUGCAUUAAUGACAGAUGAAACCAUUGGAAAAGUGCCCAUCUUAAUCCUCGGCAACAAGAUCGACAAACCUGAAGCCGUUAGUGAGGAGAGACUGCGUAAGAUCUUCGGACUGUGCGGUCAGACGACAGGCAAGGGCGUCGUUCCCGUCAGCGAGCUGAAGACCAGAGCGCUGGAGGUGUUCGUGUGCAGCGUGAUGGAGAGACGGGGAUACGGUGAGGCUUUCCGCUGGCUCUCGCGCUACAUCAGCUAGACGCCGAUUGGUCUAAUAGUGUAACCGAUGUUUCCUGUUCUUGUACAUUGUCGUGUUGUAUAUGUGUUUACAAAAAUCUGAAUCUCUUUACUUUUUUUAAAUGACUUGCUUAAGUUAAAUAAUAUGUCAUUUACGUAAAUACCAUU